CACAUUUUUAAUGGUGACUUAGACAACUAUUAUUUAUUUACAUCAUUUUGCGCUGAAAUUUUAUACUUAAAAUGUUCUAAAAUCUAAAGAUGUACACCAUGAGAUCAUGGAACCAAUUUUGACACUGAGAUAUUGCUGAACGAAAUUGAUCGCAGAGACAUCAACAAACUUAAAUAUGGCUUGUACGCCUACGUCGAACGCCGCAUCAUUUGACUUUACCAUCGUGGUUGAAGGCACCGAAUUUAAAAGCCACCGGGAAAUCCUGAGUUCAACUUCAAAUUACUUCGACGCCUUGUUUAGAAGCAACAUGAGGGAGACAAAAGAAGGAAGGGUGGAGCUACAUGGUAUGACAAGUGAGACUUUUGCUGUUGUGUUAAAUUUCAUCCACCAGCGUGUCCAUGGUCUGACGGCUGACAACAUUGAUGACAUGUGGGAUGCAGCAAAUCGUCUGGAUAUAACAUUAUAUCUUAAAGAAAUAGAACAGUUUGUGAUUGAUAAUUUAUCAAUUGAUAAUCUAUGGCACUUUCAUUUAAAAUCUGUCGAUUUCAAUUCCCGCCACGUCAAAGAAGGGUCGUUAACGUUCAUGAAGCAAAAUUACGAGCUUGUAUUUAGGAUGAAAGAGUUUCUGAAUUUUCCUUUUCCUUUAGUACUAUCUUGUAUUGAAAGUGAGGAGUUGAAUGUCAAGACAGAGGACUCAGUUUUGGAGUCCAUUUUAGUCUGGGUUUCUCGCGAAGAAUACAGACCAAGUGCUUGUAUAUCACCUAACACUAGCGAUAAGGGAGCGGCGUGUAAGGAUGUUGAAUUUCAGAUCAGUGUGGGUCACUCUCGUGAUGUCACAAGUACUGGUCAGUUGGGUAGCGUCAUAAAGGUUGGUCAGAGUUGUGACACAGGAACCGUAGCUCAGGCUGGCCAAACAGCAACUGACAAGCCUGACAUUAACUUCAGAAAAAAUGGCCAGAACGGUGACGUCAAAGAUGAAGAACACACUGGUGACGUCACAAAAUGUAACCAGACAGGCGAUCGAGCAAGUUAUCUCGCCAAACUCAUGUCCAGUGCCAAACUUACUUUAGCCACAGAAAGUUACCUACAGAGUUUACUGAAAAACCCCUAUAUAGGCCAAUGCCCAGAUGCCUAUCACGGAGUACAGGAGGCAGUAAAAUACAAGUGUGGGGUGUAUCCUUUAGAGAGCGCAUGUUUGGCCCCCCUUCGAAAAUGCAGCGAGAGAAAAAAUGCCUUGGCGUUUGUUGGAGUAAAUUCAGGUCUGCACCUCUACGAUUUAGAGACCAGAACUUUCAGUGAAAUCAAGCUCGGGAAGGUAAAAAGAAGCUACAGAUACUUUAGGUCUGUUGUCUCUCUGGGGUCAAAACUUGCCUUCUUGUGCACAGACGGCUAUAGAAAUUGUUCUUUUGCCAGGCACGAAUGUAAUUUUUAUACUGUCAUCUUAUUAGACGAGAACAAAAAUGUAUCAACAUUGUAUGAGUUGUGCGGUCAAUACACAUCAGUGAAUGCUUUAUUACGGGUAAAUAACAAGAUUAUUUGCUUCCAAAAAAAAUAUUACUCUACUGCAACCAGAAGUCGCAUAGCAAAUCCAGAUUUAUUGAACACAGUCACAUUAGACUAUGGUAUCGACUUUAUUCCCGUCUGUGUUUUUGAAAACGAUAUUUUGAUGGUUAAUCAUAAGGAUUUUUUCAAUGACCGAACUGACGGUUUACCAGUCUACUUUUACAAUCUUAAAAAAAAGUCCCUAACAUCAACCUUAUUACUAAAUGUUGGUGAUCAAGCUUCUGACCCUGUGGCAAUACAUAAAGACAGAGACACGUUUCUUUUACUCUCAAGCGGAGUUUUACUAUCGGUCAAAAGAGGUUCUGACAACGCAAUACAAUUCACACCGGUAGUUCGUCUUUGGACUUUUCCAUGGUGGCUGAGUGGAGCAGUGUGCUAUAAAAACGAGCUGACUUUGUUUAGUGCAUUAAGGCCUAUAGCAUUUGGAAAUAUUUUGACGUCCGUGCCGGGACUGUUUGACAAGAUCAAUGUUGUUGAGCUGGGCAUGAAGUUUAAGAUAAAAAAUAUGGUGCCUGUGGUAGCGCCUGUGUCUUGGUUCGGGUAAUCAGCUGUGAGGUUCUGGCAGUGUUUUUGUUGCUCCGUCGUCUGCUGUCACAAGUCAUUAAAUAAAAGUCGUCAUUCAUUGAGAACUAUCGUAGGUCAUCAAACACAUUACCCCAAAUAACGAUUGAAAUUAUCUGUGGUUAAACACAUAAUAUAACUUUAUCGUUUGACCAACUAUUUCUUCAAUUUUUGACUACAGAUGACCUAUUUAAGGAGAAUAAGCGACAUUGAUCUAAUUCCAUCGCCAAAGAAAAAAAAUUCUAUGAAAACAUAUUUUCAGUGAACACAUCAUUAUUUAAACAUUAUCGUGUGUGUUUUAUUAUAAUCACACAUACACUGUAAGUCAUUAAA